AUGAAGGCCUUGACCUUCCUCCUCAGUCUCUUCGCGCUCUUCACCGUCGCCAUGAGCACCACCAUCCCGCAGGUCGACGACUCAACCUCUGCUUCCCCCAUCUCCGUCUUGGACGCCAACAAGUACAACUGCAGAGAUUGCUCUGCGCUCCUUCGCAAGUGCCACGAGUGCUGGAACGACUGCAAGCCACUGAUCUGCAAGGCUGUUGUGGAUGGGAAGUGGUGUGGACCGAUGUGUCUGUGGCAUUGUUGA